AGCGUUCUUCGCUUCCGCUCUCGUUGCUCCUCUCCUCGCUCUUCUCCGGCGCGGGGCGUCGAUCGCGGCUGCUUCGGCGUUCUGCAGGGGAAUAUGAGGGCAUGGAACUACGUUGUGACGGCGCACAAGCCCACGGCCGUCUCCCACUCGUGCGUCGGCAACUUCACCGCGCCCCACCACCUCAACCUCAUCGUCGCGAAAUGUAACCGUAUGGAGAUUUAUUUGCUUACCCCUCAGGGCCUUCAGCUUAUGGUUGAUGUACCUCUGUAUGGAACAAUUGCAACACUUGAGCUCUUCCGUUCUCGUAGUGAAACUCAAGAUUUUCUUUUCAUCAGUAUGGAAAGAUACAGAUGCAUUGUUCUUCACUGGGACGGAAGAAAUUCAGAGCUUAUUACAAGAUCUGGUGGGGAUGUUUCUGAUUUUAUUGGACGCCCUACAGAUAAUGGACAGAUUGGAGUAAUUGAUCCUCAAAAUCGACUGAUUGGUCUCUCUCUAUACGAUGGCUUAUUUAAGGUUAUACCAUUUGAUAACAAAGGAAACCUGAAGGAAGCUUUAAACAUCAGGCUUCAAGAAUUUCUAGUGUUGGACAUCAAGUUUCUGUAUGGUUGUGCUAGACCUACUGUAGUAGUUCUUCACCAGGACAACAAGGAUUCCAGACAUGUUAAGACAUAUGAAGUUGCACUGGAGGACAAAGAUUUUGUUGAAGGUUCUUGGUCUCAGAGCAAUUUAGAUAACAGUGCUCAUCUGUUAAUACCUGUACCACUAGGUGGUGUCAUCAUAAUUGGUGAGCACACAAUAGUUUACUGCAGUGCCACAACAUUCAAAGCUCUAUCAAUAAAGCAGUCUAUCAUUAGAGCUGUUGGGCGGGUCGAUCCAGAUGGUUCCCGCUAUUUAUAUGGAGACAAUACAGGCGCUCUGCACUUAAUUGUAAUUACCCAUGAAUGGGGAAGGGUAACUGAUUUGAAAACUCACUACAUGGGAGAGACAUCGAUUGCAUCAACAAUAUCAUAUCUUGAUAGUGGUCUCGUUUAUAUUGGUUCACGAUUUGGAGACUCACAGCUCAUAAAACUGAAUAUUCAAGCUGAUGCAAGCGCUUCAUUUGUUGAAAUUCUUGAGCAAUUUAUGAACACUGGACCAAUUGUGGACUUUUGUGUGGUUGAUACUGAAAGGCGAGGGCAAGGUCAGGUGAUUACUUGUUCGGGUGCAUACAAAGAUGGUUCAAUUCGGGCAGUUCGUAAUGGAGUAGUGAUCACUGACCAGGCUUCAGUAGAACUCAGAGGCAUGAAAGGACUAUGGUCUAUGAAAUCUUCAUUGAAUGAUCCAUAUGAUACGUUCUUGGUUGUGACCUUUAUAAACGAGACACACUUCUUGGCAAUGAAUAUGGAAAACGAAUUGGAAGAAGUUGAUAUAAAAGGAUUUGAUUCAGAAACACAAACUCUGGCCUGCGGAAGUGCCAUCCACAAUCAGCUUAUACAGGUUACUUCCAGGUCUGUUAGAUUAGUCAGCUCUGUUUCUCUGGAAUUGCUGGAUCAGUGGUUUGCACCAGCAAGAUUUUCAGUCAAUGUUGCAGCAGCUAACGCGAACCAGGUUUUGUUGGCAACUGGUAAUUGCCAUCUUGUCUACCUAGAAAUCACCAGCUCUAAGAUUGUGCCAGUGAAACAUAUACAGCUUGAACAUGAGAUUUCUUGUCUUGACAUAAAUCCAAUUGGUGAGAAUCCACAGUAUAGCUCCCUUGCAGCUGUUGGGAUGUGGACAGAUAUAAGUGUGAGGAUAUUUUCGCUCCCUGGACUUAAACUAAUUAGGAAGGAGCAUUUGGGUGAAGUGGUUCCACGUUCUGUUCUGCUAUGCACUAUUGAAGCGGUGUCUUAUUUGUUCUGUGGUCUUGGAGAUGGUCACCUCUUCAGUUUUGUAUUGAACAGUAGUACAUGUGAAUUAUCAGACAGAAGGAGGGUCUCCUUGGGGGCACAACCUAUCAGCCUCCAUAUAUUCUCAUCUCAGAAUAGAACCCAUGUGUUUGCUGCAUCAGAUAGGCCGGCUGUCAUAUACAGCAGUGACCAGAAGUUACUAUAUAGUUAUGCCAAUUUGAAAGAAGUGAAUCAUGUAUGCCCCUUUAACACAGCUGUUUUUCCAGAAAGUAUCGUGUUAGCAAAAGAAUCUGAACUUUCAAUUGGAGAAAUCAAUGAUAUCAGACAGCUUCAUAUCCGCACAAUCCCCUUGAAAGAACAAGCACGCCGCAUCUGUCACCAGGAACAGUCUCAGACACUUGCACUCUGCAGUUUCAAGCCUAAGUUCAUUCAUGCAGAGAGCGGGAAACAUUUUGUUCGUCUAUUAGAUUACCAAACCUUUUGGGUUUUGUCAACACAUACUCUUGAUGAAUUUGAAUGCGGUUGCUCCAUCGUAAGCUGUUCGUUCUCUGAUGAUGAUAAUUUUUACUACUGUGUGGGAACAGCAUAUAUUUUACCCUAUGAAAUUGAACCCACAAAGGGACGAAUUCUGAUUUUCUUAGUUGAAGAGAGAAAGUUACGACUAGUUGCAGAAAGAGAAACCAAAGGAGCUGUGUAUUCGCUUAAUGCAUUAACUGGAAAAUUAUUGGCUGCUGUUAAUCAGAAGAUCAUAGUGUACAAGUGGGUGCGGCGAGAUAAUAGACAUCAACUGCAAUCAGAGUGCAGCUACCGUGGCUGCGUAUUGGCUUUGCAUACUCAAACCCAUGGUCAUUUCAUUGUAGUUGGAGACAUGGUGAGAUCAGUAUCCUUGCUGAGGUACAAGUACGAAGAAGGCCUGAUUGAAGUGGUAACACGGGAUUUUAACACAAAAUGGAUAACUGCAGUUGCAAUGCUCGAUGAUGAUAUUUAUAUCGGUGCAGACAAUUGCUGCAACCUGUUUACAUUGCACUCAGGGCGUCCCGGGGUCGUUGGGGAGUACCAUCUGGGAGACUUGGUGAAUAGGAUGCAUCACGGCUCUCUAGUGAUGCACCACACGGACUCGGAGAUAGGCCAGAUUCCUACAGUCAUCUUUGGCACGAUCAGUGGUGCUAUUGGUGUCAUUGCCUCCUUUCCAUAUGACCAGUAUGUGUUCCUCGAGAAGCUGCAGUCCGUCCUUGUGAAGUUCAUCAAGAGCGUUGGCAAUCUUAGCCAUGUGGAAUGGCGGUCAUUCUAUAACGUCAGUAGGACAGCAGAGGCCCGGAACUUUGUGGAUGGUGAUCUGAUUGAAUCUUUCCUCAGUCUGAGCCCAAGUAAAAUGGAGGAGGUUUCACAGGUAAUGGGGCUCCGUGCAGAUGAGCUAUGUAAGAUAGUUGAAGAGCUCAGGAAACUUCACUAAUAAGGAUCAUGGAAGAAACUAACCGUCAUGUAAAUCCUCCAACUGGUUUUGGCACAGAACCAAACUGCAUUAGCAGAGAUGCGAAUUAAAGGUGAUAUUUGCAAUUUUAGACUCGGCCCAAGGCCACACGAGUGAAAAUGGUUUAUGUAAACUCACCCCAAUGUGGUGGGUGCAAACAACCUUUUUGUUUUGCUGUCUGGUUAAUCCUUGAGAAAAAAUACACU